AUGAAGCCCAAGCAGGGAGGCUGCUGCUGCGGCGGCGGCGGCCCCUCCCGGCGUCGUCCUCGCGAGGCGCUUCCGCCCAGCUGCGGGAGGGAAGGAGCCAGCCCGCCGCGGUCAAGCAGCCCGCCAAUUUUUGGUGCCGCCUCCUGUCACCCCGCCAGCCAAUCAGCGAGAGGUGACCCAGAUAAAUGUGACAUUUGGGGCAACACUCCUCUUCACCAUGCAGCCUCCAACGGCCACUUAAAUUGCGUCUCAUUCUUAAUCAACUUUGGGGCCAACGUCUUCGCCCUCGACAACGACAUGCGUUCUCCUCUGGAUGCCGCAGCCAGCAGGAAUCAAUAUGAAUGUGUCAGGAUCCUUGACAAUGCAGCGACUGAGCAGACCCUCAAGAAUCCCAAAAGAGCCUCCAAGCUGAAAGCCCAGGCUGAGCGCAACGUGGAGAGACAAAUCCGAGAAUGUGAGAGACGCCAAGAGAAACAUGAACUUCAGAUGAAUAGAAAUUACAGCAAAGAAUCCAUGAAUUCAGUGAGGGGAACGGCCACCAGGACAAAAAUAUCUAAUUUCUUUACAUCCAGCUCUUUAGGGACACUGCCCAAACAUCUGAAGGACACUUUCAGGUUGAGGACCAAAAAGAGAGAGGAAGGUCCGGAUGACCCAGAAGCAGGGAAUAAUGGUCAAGAGAGUAUGCCUGUUGGACGGACGGCUGUGAUGGAAGUCUUCAACGAAAACGACGAGGAAGAACUCACCAAUGACUUUAAAAGAAAAAACAGUCUUUCUGAAGAGGACGACCAGCUAGGGCCGAAGUCCAUUUUUAACCGCCCUGGUCUUGGGAAUAUUGUAUUUAGGAACAAAUUGUCCACAGGCAUCAAUGCUGCUCUACUGUCACCCGAGAAGGAAGACGCCAGCUUCAAGAUAGCCAGUGAAUUGUUCCAGAUUAAACUGGCUGAGGCUGCGGGCAACCCAGACUUAGAAACGGAUCCCGAGGAAUCUUGGAUUGAACAGGACAUUGGGUGGGAUGACGGGAAAGUAGAGACGACCCCCCUGGAGGUGUUUCUGGCAUCUCAGAACCUCAGUGAACUCCUUCCCAUCCUGAUGAGAGAAAAUAUCGAUUUGGAAGCCCUCAUGCUGUGUUCUGAUGAAGAUCUCCGGAGCAUACAGAUGCAGCUGGGUCCGAGGAAGAAAAUCCUCCAUGCAGUAGACAGAAGAAAGCAAGCACUCUCAAGGCCAGGAAAGACUGGAGAUACCCAGCUGUAAGUCCUACAGGUGCCCGAUCACAAUAAUUGGUGCUGAGGCCUGGCCUAGGCACGCUGCAGAAUGAAGCCGUGGAACCGACCCUUACCACUUCAGGCUGCAGGUGGGGAAAUCACACUCCUCCUGACUCCUCCUCUCUGUGAAAAACUCCUUGUAAAGAGAAACCCAGCACAGUAGGCAAAGGGCUGGACCAGAAUUUUUCUCCCCAGUGGGAGGGCUUCUGGUGGGUAGGAGUUCUUUUUCUUUUCACCUAAGAGCAUACAGAGUUGUCUGAUGCGGAGUCUGUCUGUUGGUCCAUCUAGUUAGCUCAAGGUUGUAUUGACUGUCAUGGGAGGAGAGCGUGACUGGCAGUCCCGAGCAUGAAUCCUCCCCUUUGCUAAGCAGGGUCUACCCUGGUUUGAAUUUGGAUGGCUGACUACACAUAAGUUCUGUCUGCUGCAAGAUAUGCCCCUUUAGGGGGUGGCAUGGUUUACUCCCUGGCAGCAUCUCCAGACAGGGCUGGGAGAGACUCCUGCCUGAAACUUUGGAGAGCUGCUGCCAGUCAGGGUAGACAAUACUGAGCUAGAUGGACCAGUGGCUUGACUUGGUAGAAGGCAGCUUGCUGUGUUCCCUUGCAGCAGCUCUCCCCUCUUUUCCCCCCGAAGCCCCUUUUCUGCCCCAAAUCUGCCCCAGACAGAGGUCUUUCCCCCAACCCUAAUUUGGAGAUGCCAAGGAUUCAACCUGAGGCCUUUUGCAUGCAAAGCAGAUGCUCUUCCACUGAGUUAUGGCCCCACCUCAACCAGCCCCUUCUGGGGCGGAACGGGUUGAAUUAGGAUCCUCCCCCUGCUGGCUGCCUGUAGUGGCACAGUCCUUUCUAGCCCAGCUGACCUGGCCUCUGUUGCCCAUGCCUUUGUUGCUUAAAGGUUGGAUUAUCGCAAUGCACUCUAUAAAGGGGUGCCCUUGAAAAGCAUUUGGAAAUGACCGGAGGUACAGAGUGUGUCUGCCAGACUGAUAUCGGGAGCUAGCCACAGCCUGCAUAUUGCACUGACUUUUAGACACUGCUUCAAGCAAUCUGAUGCCAGAUACAGUUCCAGCUACUACCUGCUACCUCGAAAGCCCUCAACAACGUGGAGCUCAAACACCCUAAGGACUGCCUGCUUCUGGCUGAAUCUACCCACCUAAUGAGGCCAGCUGGAGGACUCUGCUCUGUGUGCCGACAUCAGCGGGGCCUUCUCAGUGGUUGCCUCCAGGCUGCGAAACUUACUCUCAGAUUUGACCCAUGUGGCUCCCUGGCUCCCAGUCUUCUGGAGGUGACUGAAGGCUGCCCUUUCUGUGAGUAGCUGCCCUUUGCCUUCCUUUCACCUGGUGUCUCUUGUUUUUUAGUUGCAUUUUUAAUGAUAGUUGCUUGAAGGCCCUAGGGUCCCAGGACAAACAGUGGCAUACACAUGUGAGCAAGCAAGGAAAUAAAUAAGUAAAUGAGCGA